AAAAGCAAAAUAUACAAUUUUCAAAAAGGCAAAACGCUCUCACUGCCCUUUUGCUUACGUUGCCAGUCAGCCAGCAGCGUCUUCACCUAAAAAUCUUCUUUUUUUUUUUUACCUGUUGAGGUAACCUAGGUUGACCCCACGGCGCAUGUAUUUUUCCCACAUCAGUGAGGAGGCUGGCUUGGAGAAAAAAAAAAAGAGAGAGCACCUAAAGAUAUUAAUGCGCACCUUUCAUAACCCUCCCUCAUUCAUUUGAUAUUUUUUUUUUUUACUGAAGGCUGGUUUUCCACGUCCAUCCGAUCCCCCCAAAUCCUUGUCAUUUCCUUCUAGACUGUCUUGCAGGAGAGGAUUGAUGGAUACAAAUCGCGUGUAAAGCCUCACCAGCGGGAUUUUAAAGGAAUUUGCCUUUGGUGGUGUAAAGGGAAGGAGCAGUAUAGGAGAGAGGGGGACUGACACACAGAGAGAGAGAGCUCUACCUACCGACUGAUACAAGACAAUCCGACCAGCCCUGAGCUCAGGCACUAUGAGACGUCUGUGAGAGCCUCCAAAUACCCCCCCACCUCUGAUUAAAAAAAAAAACCCUCACAAACAAAAACAGGACUUUAAGACAAGCCCAGGGGACAGUCUCUCAUUGAUCUCCCCUAGAAAUAAAGACUGCGUUCUUGGUAUUGUUUUUUUUUUCUAUUUUUAUUUUAUUAUUUUUUUUAUUAGUGAGGAGGGGGGGCUGUUGCAGCAUUUGUGUCUUUCAUGCAAGAGCCAUGAGUUCCUAUUUUGUGAACCCUCUUUUCUCCAAGUACAAAGGCGGUGAGUCCUUGGAGCCAACUUACUACGACUGUCGGUUUCCCCAAAGUGUCAGCAGGAGCCACGCUCUGGUGUACGGUCCCGGUACGACGGCUCCGGGCUUCCAGCACCCUUCUCACCACGUCCAGGAGUUCUUCCACCACGGAACCUCCAGCAUUUCCAACACCGGCUACCAGCAGAACCCCUGCACCCUGACCUGCCACGGGGACGCCUCCAAGUUUUAUGGCUACGAAGCUCUACCCAGGCAGUCCCUUUAUGGUGCCCAGCAAGAAAGCAGCGUGGUGCAGUACCCUGAUUGUAAAACGACCUCCAAUUCUAGUACUAGCGAAGGACAAGGCCACUUAAGUCAGAAUUCGUCUCCUAGUCUUAUGUUUCCAUGGAUGAGACCUCACGCCCCCGGAAGACGCAGUGGAAGACAGACGUACAGCCGGUACCAGACACUGGAGCUGGAGAAGGAAUUCCUAUUCAACCCAUACCUGACCAGGAAACGACGGAUUGAGGUCUCCCACGCCCUGGGACUGACUGAGAGGCAAGUCAAAAUCUGGUUUCAAAACAGAAGGAUGAAAUGGAAAAAGGAGAACAACAAGGAUAAACUCCCUGGAUCUAGGGAUGAAGAGAAGACAACAGAGGAAGAAGGGAACGAUGAAGAAGAGAAAGAGGAAGAAGAGAAGGAGGAAAGCAAGGAAUGAAUGAGUUCUGAGUGGAAAUGAGUGAAUGGAGGGUGUCUCCUGGGUGAAUGUGGAUGUCUGCUCGUGGGAAUGUGUUCAGUUCCUUCUCAAACUCUCGUUUUAUGGUACAUGUAAAAGCGAGAAGUUUAUGAUGCUCAUUUGCUUUUAUAGAGUAUAGAUCGGGGGGCACAACAUUAACUACCUGUCACAAAUUCCAGCCUUCUUCCACUCCUGGUCAGGACUCCCUCUUUGCGUUUUGCUGUGGGUUGUGUGGGGAAAAAAAGGGGGCAUUUGCAUUACCUUCUUAUUUAUGUCCUUCAAGUCCUGAGAUAUAGGCUAAUAACUUAUACACACGUGAAGGAAGCAUACAGGGAUUACUAGUAUGAUUUCCAACAGACUGACAUUUCUACAGCCAGAAUAGUAUUAUUUCCUUUUUAUGUGAAAUUAAACUACCUAUUUCCUUGUACAGAGGCGCAUUGUUGGAUGGCCUCAUAAUGUAACCUGUGUUUAUUUAGAUUUAUGUAUUCAUGUAUGGGGGGGAGGGGCCAGCACAUACACUUAUAUGUUCAUUUGAUUUUAUUGCUAUUAUGUAUUUGUCCCUUUUCUUCCUAUAACGCUGUCUAUAUAGCUCUAUAUGCCUAUGUAGCUGUCAAAGCCUUGUCAACAGAACGGACUGAUCUCUAGGUUGUUUGUAAGCAGAGUGUGUAUGCACAUGUAUGAAAAUACUAACAACAACCUAUCACCUCUAUUGGAUAUAUGACAGACUGCAACACUUGAGAUAUAAUUCCCUUAUUUUAUCUCCCACCCUGUUAUUUUAUGGGCUUAACAUUACAGUGUGUGCACUUAAAUCCUUCAUUUACUACCUAAAGGGGUCAGGCAAUAAGUACCUACUUAUAAACACAUUUGUGUAUGUGUGGAAUAUAUAUAUAUAUAUAUAUAUAUAUAUAUAUAUAUAUAUA